AAAACCAUCGCCCCCCUCCCACGAGGCGACGACUCCCACGCUCCCACCCCCACCCCUCCCAAAAAAAGGGUUUGCCCUAACUUCUCACUCCUGCGGCGGUGCGGCCCUGCCAUCGACCCCUGCGGCGGUCUCCCUCUUCCCUUCCGGCCGCUCGCCGAACGCCAUCGGAAGCCCUCCUCUUCAGAAAUCGAAGAUCGAAGAUCGGGUUCUUCACUCUUCAGAAAUCGAAACCCUCCUCGUCGCCUCUUCCUCUUCCGCUUCCGCUUCCGCUAUCCGACGAUAGAUCAGUAACCGGGUGGUUCUUUACAAACCCAGGAAAAAUGCUGAGCAGGUGAUACUUGAAGAAUCACCGCAAAAAAUGAUGAAACUGCAUGAGGAGAAGAAAGAGGAGGAGGAGACCUGUAGGCGUGGAAAAUGUGAAGUAGGGGAAAAGAAUCGGUGUGGAAAAUAUGAAGAAUUAGAGGAAAAGAAUAAGAAGAAAAAGAAUAUUGUGGAUUAUGAGUAUUCGUCGGGAGAGGAUGACGAUUACGUCUGGCCAAAUGGUGAGCGCAGAAGGACCCGCGAAGAAUGGGCUAGAUAUUAUAAACAAAUUGAGGAAAGCGAGGGAUUUGACGUUGAUCCGUUUACGAGCGAUUUGGAGCUUGGUCUUAGAGGGGUAGACGGUUAUGAUUCCGAGCCCAUCAUCAAAUGUGCAAAAGCAGCUAUUGAACGUUUUAACAGUGAGAAUAAUACGAGCUAUGAGUUUUUGAAGUUAGAGAAGAUAACUUGCAUUAUUGCAUCGGGAUUGGAGUAUCGUCUUACUUUUCGAGCAGCAGAUGGUGAAGCCGAACCCAAAAUGUUCCAAGCUAUAACAUUUCUUGGGAUAGAUGAUAGUAUCAUUGUUGACUUCUGCAGGCUUAAGUCCACUGCUAGUUCGUAAAAGGUAGAUUUCUUAUUAUUUAUAGUGUAAAAAGGCUUGGGUAAAUAUGUUGCCACUUUUAUAUACUUAUACCGCUUAUAUGGAUUUCUGAUUGGUAGUUGUCUUGAAGACAGUUGAAAUACAGUGAUGUGCUGAUUUUAGUUGUUCAACCAAUUUGCUAUCCUUUAUAGUUGCGAGAAAUAGAUAUUAUUUAAUUUUGUAAA